GUUUUCCAGUUCUUGAACGCAAAAUGUGAGUCUGCAUUCCUUUCCAAGAGAAACCCCCGGCAAAUCAACUGGACUGUGCUGUACAGGCGUAAGCACAAGAAAGGGCAGUCGGAAGAGGUCCAGAAGAAGCGUACGCGUCGUGCUGUUAAGUUUCAGAGGGCCAUCACUGGUGCAUCUCUAGCUGAGAUUAUGGCGAAGCGAAACCAGAAACCUGAAGUACGAAAGGCGCAGAGGGAACAAGCUAUUAGGGCUGCAAAAGAAGCCAAGAAGGCUAAGCAGGCCACCAAGAAAACGGCUGUUUCUGCUGCAAAGGCUCCUACGAAGGCAGCACCUAAGCAGAAGAUCGUGAAACCAGUCAAGGUUUCUGCUCCCCGGGUUGGUGGAAAGCGCUAACUUGACACUCUUGGUCAUGCUGAAUAAACAUCUGACUAACUUUCACAA